GAAUGUAUCUGACAUACCACUAAAUUAUGAAUUAGAAAGUCCUGAUUAUAUCGAGAUGGAUGAUAAUUCCAAUUGUGCUAAUCAAGGGGUUGUUGCUCUUAAGUAUACAGUGGAGCCACGUGCUGACAAAAUUAUCACAGCAAUACUUAAACCUCGUCUAAUACCCAAUUUUGCUGCUGGUGAACGCACAUUUAUAGUUAAUGUUCUUAAUAUGUACAAUCCUUCGAAUGUCUUAACUUUAAAAGUUAAAUCAAUUCUCACACUGUUUGAGCUCAAAUUUGAUCGUCUAACGCAUGGUGAACUAGUAAUGCCUACUCUUUACCAUCCAAUUCCUUCAUCAGACGUUCCAUGUGAUGCUUGGUUCACGAUCAUUAAUGUGAGCGAUCAAGACAUCCGGUUCGAAAUUGGCGUAGAACUCAAACCUGAAGUUUCUCAAUUUGUAAAAGUUGAAGUUCUUUCCAGAUAUUCUAAUUCUCCAUUAGUAGGUGUAGUAUCAAUUAGUGGUAAUGGUUCUACGGAAGUCAGAGUACGCAUUUAUCCAAUCGAAACAAUUCGUAUACCUUAUGAGCUAUCUUGUCUCACAGAUAAUAAGGGUAUCAUCUUUGGAAACCUUUGGGUUGCAACAAAACAGACAAAUGAUAAUGCAGACCAGAAAGUUGCUGAGAAUAUACCUAUUCGCGGUAUUAUUGCAGAAUUCUCAAUGUUCUCUAUAUCUCCAAACAGAAUUCGAUUCAAGACUACAUGGUCUUCAGAUAGUGAAAUUACUGACGAAGACUAUUCUGUAAGUCGUAUUCCUGCGGUGCCUUUAAUUAUCGGUGACUCGGAAGAUACGUCUAUCCAAAAUAAUUCGGUCACAAUUACCAAUAAUUCAGAUAAAAUACCCCUUUUUUUCAAAGUUCAAAUUGAGGGGCCGAUGGAAUUUUCUGCGAAAGAUAUUAUUAAUAUUACUCCUUUGGAUGAAAAUGGAUAUGGUACUGUGGAAGCAGGUCAAAAGCUUUUGCUAAGAAUUGAUUUUGUUAAUUCUGCAGUAGCAGUAUCAGAAGACAUCAAGAUUCAUAUCGUAGAUUUAAAAUCACUCUGUGGACAAAAGAGAACUAUUCUUGUUAGUAUUGAAUCCGACAUUAGAGAAAAUCGCAGCAAAAUAAAUUCUACUGCUUUAGAAGCAAUUGAUUUUAUUAGGAAUCCUUUAGCACCUUCAUUGGAAGGUAUCCACACGUACAAGGAAUCUUCAUCCGGCCUUCCUCAUAUUACUCUCCGUGGAUGCAAACGAAUUGGAGGAACUACCGAAUUUAGCGGCCGAUAUGAACUGGACCUUGGACAACAAGAUCUCGGAUCCACUACCAUUGUAAAGAAACUAACACUCGAGAAUUCAACUUCUCAACAAAUUUCUUACCGCAUUAAAACAGUUUUCGAAAGCGAUAAAAAUUGGCUCAAUAUUAAUCGAUUUGAAGGAACAUUAGAGGCGUUAACAGAUGAUUAUGAGCAACGUCUAGAUGCUCAUACAAUCACGCUGAGUUUUUCUACAAAUACCAGAAAUGUCCAUUCAACUUAUUUAAUUAUCGAAAAUUUGAGUAAUCCCUCAGAUAUCAAGACUAUAAGAGUUAUGAUGGAGGUUGUCGCUCGCCAAAAUUUGCGACGAGGGACAAGUGCACCACUUUCUAAUAAUCACGUCUUUGAUAUUUACGUGAACGGUGUAGAUAUUAGCCAUACCUGGAUUGAGAUGCUCAAUCUUUUUUAUGGUUCUGAAUAUUCUGCUCGUAGCAUGGUGAUUUAUAAUAGAGAGACUGUCCCCCUUGAGUUCACGUUUCAAACAAAUCUCGAUUAUGAUGACCCGACCGAAAUAGUGUUUUCCACAUCAAGAAUCACCGCAAAAUUAUUUAAAACGCUUACUGUUGAACCUGAAAGUAACGUACGAGUCUACAUUCGUUUCCGACCACUUCCUUCUCGAGAAGUUCAGAAAUCACUUGACAAUAAUAAACAAAGAGAUCCCGAAUUAAUAGAGACAAAAAUAAUUGAAAUAUAUGUGAAUUGUAGACUUGUUAAGGAUUAUCAGCAAACUGUUAUACUAAAAGCGGAAUGCAAAAUUCCAUCAUUACGAGUGGAGUACGAGGACUCUGAGGCUUUGACAGGAAAAAUAUAUCGACAAGAUUCUAAUUGCAAUGAUGAUGAAUUUACCGUGCAAUUUGAUCAAGAAUAUCGAGAAAUUAUGAUUAAGAAUUUGCUCGAUGCUCCACUAGAAUAUGAAAUAGUAAAUGACACAAUGUACUUCAUUUUGGACGUCUCUCAUGCCAGUAAUAUGGUAACUCCAAGAUCAGAUCAUCGCAUUAUUGUACGACCAAAUGUUAAAGCUCUAAUGAAAAAUGCCGAAAGCGUUCGGAGGGAAAAAUAUAUUCAAGAGUAUGUUACAGUAUAUAACCGAAAUAGACCGUCGGAAAAUUACUGGAUACCACUUAGAAUAAGCUUUGGUUACUUUAAAAAUUUUCAGCUAACAUCGGGCUAUAAAGCUUCAUACGCUUUUGGCGUUCUUGAAAAUCGUGCUGUGAACUUCCUGAAUGAUUUUAAUCGUAAUUCACAGAAUCUUUCUUUACUUGGUACUUGUAACGAUGAGGACUUUAAGAAAAAAAUGCUAGACCUUGAAUUCCAAUAUUUCUACAUUGUUGACCAAUUAGUUUAUUAUUCCACAAUUAAAACGGGAGAGAAUUGGUUUCAGUUAGCUAGUUUGUUAUUUGGAAUUGUGUUGAGGGAUCAAGUUUUUCGAAAUUAUGGACCGGCAUAUCUUAAGAAACCUGAUGAUGGAACAGAUAAAGUAUGGCCCCCGCACUUGGCAAAAUGGAUAUCACCGUUAAACUAUUUUAUUUCAUUUUUUCCUUAUCGAAAUCCAAUGCUUGAAACAUUGAAGGACCUUCACAAAAAUUUAAUAAUUUUACCAACUUUCACAAACUGA